AGAAGCACUGUUAGGUUUUGUUUGUUGUGAAAUCAGCUCUCACUGCAGCAAGAAUGGCUUCAAACUUGUGGUCGGAGGAUCAUUUUAGUUGUCCAGUGUGUCUGGAGAUAUUGAAGGGCCCAGUCACUAUUCCAUGUGGUCACAGUUACUGUAUGGGGUGUAUUAAGAACUGCUGGGAUCAGACUGAUCAUACAGGUGUCUACAGCUGCCCCCAGUGCAGAAAGACCUUUACCCCAAGGCCUGUUCUGGGCAGAAACAUCAUGCUGGCUGAAGUUGUGGAAAAAUUAAAGAAGACAGGGCUCAGUCCUCUUCCUGCUCAAAGUUAUGCUGGACCUGGAGAUGUGCCGUGUGAUUUCUGCACUGGGAGAAAGUUCAAAGCUGUGAAAUCCUGUUUGACGUGCCUGGCCUCUUACUGUGAAACACACGUCAAGCCACACAGUGAAGUUACUCCAUUAAAGAGGCACAAGCUGGUCACUGCAAUUGGAAAUCUGGAGCAGAAGCUUUGUGCCGAACACCAACGAUUAUGUGAGGUCUUUUGUAGAACUGAUCAGACGUGUAUUUGCUGGUUGUGUGCAGACAAGGAACACAAGAGCCACGAUACAGUCUUAACUGAGAUAGAAAGGACUCGGAAACAGAAGCAGCUAAGAGAGACACAGACAGAAAUACAACAGAUAAUCCAGGAGAGACUGAAAGAAGUGGAGGAGCUGAAACAGGCUGUUCAGUCACUGAAAAGAACUGCAUGCAUAGAAAUAAAGGAAAGUGAGAAGAUCUUUACUGAGCUGAUCCGAUCCAUUGAGAAGAUCCAUACUGAGGUUAUUGAGCUGAUUGGAGCUAACGAGAAGGCUGCAGUGAAUCAGGCUGAAGGACUCAUGAAGAAACUGGAGCAGGAGAUUGCUGAGCUAAGGAGGAGAAAUGCUGAGCUGAGACAGCUUUCAGAGACAGAGGAUCACAUCCAUUUUCUACAGAAUUUCCAGCUUUUCUGUGCCCCUCCUGAAGCUGGAGACUUACCCAGCAUUACUGUCAAUACAGACAUCUCUUUUGGGGCUGUGAGAAAAGCUGUAUCGCAUCUUAAAGACCAUAUUGAGGACUUCUGCAAGGGGGAAUUAUUCAAAAUAACCAAAACAGUGAAUGAAGUUGCAGUUUACAGUCUGCAGGCUCCACAGCCAAGGAACAGAGCUGGGUUUCUAAAAUAUUCCUGUCAGCUCACACUGGACUCCAACACAGCAUAUAGAGAGCUCUGUCUGUCUGAAGGGAACAGAAAGGUCACACGUAAGAGAGAGACCCAGCCAUAUCCUGAUCAUCCAGAGAGAUUUGGCAGACUAGCCCAAGUGCUUUGUAGAGAGUGUUUGUAUGGGACUCGCUGUUACUGGGAGAUUGAGUGGAGUGGGGAAGGGGCUGAUAUAGGAGUCACAUAUAAAGGAAUCAGCAGGAAAGGAGGGGAUCGUUGCUGUGCCCUUGGAUGCAAUGACAAAUCCUGGAGUUUGUUCUGCUCUAAUUCCAGUUACUAUGCACAGCACAAUAAUAAGAGAACUGCAAUAACUGCCCCCCGCUCCCCCAAAAUAGGAGUGUAUCUGGACUUUAAUGCCGGCACUCUGUCAUUUUAUGGCGUCUCUGACACAAUGACCCUCCUGCACAGAUUCCAAACCACAUUCACUGCACCUCUCUAUCCUGGGUUUUGGCUUCAUUACUGUGAUUCCCCUGUAACAAUCUGCCAGCUGAACUAGACUUUUUUGUGUUUUAAGAAAACCUUUGUCAUUGGACUCCCUGUCUGUCUUCUCUGAAGGGAAUGUUCAAUCUGACACAGCUUUGUAUGAAAGUUAGGGGGUAAAAUGGCACCACCUGCAGAGUGAAAUGAGGCAACUUAUUUGUUUUUACACUUGGGGCUGAGGCAGCCUCAUUUUUACUGUUUAAUCUCGGUCAGGUUAGUGUUUUUGUAAUUGUAAACAGCUGUUUCAGCAUAAAAUGUUCAGUAUGUCCUGAGUAUUUAUUGAUUACAAACACAUAAAUAGCACCAAGUGGCAGACUUAGUUGGCAUCUCUGCACAGUGAUAGAAUCCCCACAGUAAGUAUCUCUUAACAGUAGAACCGCCAUGGUAGUCAUUUUGGCGGUUUUCACUUUUAAAAUUUAAAUUACUCUGUGUGUAUUAAAGAUCCGCGGUUGUCUGUUCCUGGCUUUUCCUAAAUACAUGUAUUAAAUAGACUGACGGCGUUUGAAAGUCAGAAUCGCAGAAAUAAAAAAGUUAUAAGCACUUCUACCUAGAACUGCCAAAAGUAGUCAUUUUGACGGCUUGUUACAAUACAUGCUUUUAUUAAUAAUAUAACCUGCAACACGCUAUUUUUUUAUAUGUAUACAAGCCAGUUUGUUAUCUGUACCUCCGCUGAGUUUACAGCAGUAUGUAUUUGAAUAGACUAUUGCUCUUGACAUCUAGAUAUGUGUUAUCCAAAUAUCUAUUGUAAUCCUAUCAAUUACUUGCAGAACUGUCGUCUGGCUGUCUACGUGAGCAUAUAUAGUCUGCUGUAUUAUAAUUUUACUAAUACAAGAAAUCUUGAUAUUUUUGCGUUUUGAUUUGAGAGCAACUACAGAUAUAUUUGCCUUGGCAUCAGAAAUUUGGAACGACUUCACUGAAAACAACAUUGCCUGUUUCAAGCUAAACAUAAAACAUUACAUGGACAAGCAGCUGUUUCCGACAAGAGCACUGUGUCGCUUGACAAACAAACCUGUCAAAUUUGGGAUCAAGUUUUGGCUGGCAGCAGACCCUAACCCUACCUGUGCAAAGAUGAAACUCGCACCGCUGGUCAGAGACUGGGUGUCAAGUUGAAGAAAAGAAAACAGCCUGGUUGCAACAGUAAACAAAGAAGAAGAGCGUUUCCACCAUCUGCGCAAACGUAGUACUCAGUGAAAGCAAUCACCAGUGUCGAGUUGCUGUAUUUGACAAUGUACUGGACAUGACUGCCAUCAAUUCCUUAGUUUUGUACAAUGAAUGCACCGGGGAAAACAUCAGUAGGAGAGAUCUCUUAUGAUGCUAGCCACUGCGAUUUGGCAGAAAGUUUUUGAUCAGAAAACUGCAAAGCGGCAGGUAAACGCAGCUCAACCUGGAUAUAGUGCGCAGCCAUCAAGUGACACACACAACAGACAACAAUGCCAGGUAACUAAAUGCAGUAAAAAUAAAACUUCUGAUAUCUGUGCCCAGUGUGAAAGAGCAGUAUGUGGUAAAUGCACACGACAAGUUGAUAAGCGUUACAUCUGUGCGAAUAUGGGGCCUACUUUGAAGUAUGUUUCCCUGAAUGCGCAUUCCUGUUACACAAUGGGAACUCAGUUAUUUUCUUUUUUAUGUUAUUUUUUAUAAAUAAUUAUUUAUAUUUUACAAUUGUGUAUGUAGGCCUACAUAUAACCAGUUUACAGCUGGUUACACAAUAUUUUGUUUUGAAAUGUUUAUUUUAUUAUAGUUUUUCAUUUUUUUGAAGUCGUGCUUUACAGUAGGGUAAUGUGAAAAAAAAGCCUUUUAUGUUAUUUUUGUAAAUAAUGACUUCGUUUUCACAAUUUUGUAUGUAUAUAUAGCAGUUUACAUCUGUUUACACAAUAUCUUCUUUUGAAAAUUUUGAGUUGUAUCUGAUAGUUUGUGUUUCAUUUUCAUAUCGAAGCUGUUUAAAAUGUACCCGGCAAAAUGACUACUGCUGGCGGUUCUAGGUAGUAGCAUAAACCUGGCGGUUCUAGUGUUUGUAGCUAACUAAAUAAUUCCACAAUGUGUACCUAUAUUGCACUUCCAUGGGCUACAUAGGUCUCAAAUGUGCAGUUUUGAAAAACAUGACAUCUGGUGCUACUUUAGGCUAAAGAAAGUUGUCAGUUUCUAUGCCUUAUUCUCAGGGUGCUAUAUGUUUACUAUAGCAGUUUUUUCUUUCAACACUGCACAUUUGACACCUAUAUAAUGAAUGGAAGUGCACAGCAAGUGAGAUUCAUGGGAUUAUUUUGUCAGUUCCAAUCCCUAUCAAUGUAAGGUCGUGUAAAUAGCAGUUCACAAUACUAGCCAUGUCAAAGGCAUGUCAGUAUAGUUUCUAGCAGAUUUCUGUAUACAGUAGAAUCCUAUUAGCUGAAUAGCGUUUGAAUUUGUUGCUGAAGUUUAUGGUACCACUUUAUAUGAAGAUGUCAUUUUUAAUUUUUUUAUUAACGUUAUAUAUGCUUAAAAGAUGAGUUAUAAUGUUUUUAUAAUACAUUAUAGAACAAGUAAUACAGGGUAGUAACAACUUUUACUAAUGUGUUAUAAAUACUUAAUAAAUGAUAUAACACUAGGUCCUCAUAUAAGUACCAGCAGAAAUGGUUUCGUAUGCACCAAAAUGAUGGGUCAUCAUCCAAGUCACUGUCUAUAGAUCAAACAAUUCUGUCAGAGGCCACAACAAUAGUUUAUGAAUCUUUAAGUAGUUUGGAUUGCUGGUUAUUAUCAUUUUUAACAAAUUAUUUUGCCACCCUUGGGAUUCAAAAGCAAAAACCCAAACACUUUGUUACUUUUAGUGGUCUAGUGUUUUGAUGGCACAACAGUAUUAAUAAAAGGAUAUAACUGAGGGUGAAAAAUAUAUUGAGUAAAAUGGCUAAGGAAAUGUACUUUUUAAACUAUCAUUGGUUGUUUCAAGUGGCCAUUAAAAGAACAUUCUUGAUCUUAUUAACUGGAGUGGUUUCAUAUGUCACUCUCCAUUUUUUAAUAAAAACUUGAAGCAGGCCAAUGAUAGCGCUAGCAGGGAGGGACUGUAGUUAAAUUGGAACCGUCCCAGAGAUCGAUGACAAAGAGACGGGAAAAAUGCCUUGCAAGCAUGAGCACCCUCGCUGCCUUUAUGAAAAAGCUUUUCUGUUAAAAAUGUACUGACGGUACACCUUUGUGUCUUAAUGAACAUUAUGGAAGUCUGCAUUUCUCUUUAUUGGUACCGGCGUACCAGUUAUUUGAACCUCUGAUUUAAUAAUGUUUCUACGAUACAUUUAGGAACAAGUAAUACAUGGUAGUAACAGCAUUUACAAAUGUGUUAGAAAUGUUUCAUAGGUUAUAAGAAAUAUGCACUAAAUGAAAUAUAUAUUAGCUGUAAACAAAUCAGAACAAAUCACAUUAAACACAAUUGAUUUACACUUCAUUUUAUGGGUCAUUUAUUUGUUAUUUUAAAUUAAUCUGCUUACUGAAAAAGUUGUUUUAUUAUUUGUACAAAACACUUGCCAUAGCACUGUCAAUGUGGUAUAGGGCAUCCAUGGGCAGCCAGCGUGGCACUGAUUCGACACGGCAGGUAGCGAUUCUGCAAGGUGCUUUUUAAAUUGUGCUGGAACGAUACGGGACCAUUCCUCAAUGAUUACCAGCCUCUAAUUCCUUCAGGUUGUGUUGUAUUGGGGGUGGAAAUCUGCAGUCAAGUCAGAAUGACCCAUACAUAGAGAGAGACACAUCACUUUAGAGAUUGUUCCUUUUGAAAAAUCCUAAGCAACUGGUGCCUUCUUGAAAACAGAAGCACCUGCCAGAAUCUCAUCAAGCAGCUUCUUGAAGGAUCCCAGGGUGUCAGCUUCAACAACAUUACAACAACAACAAGCUUCAACAAGCUUCAACAACAGCAUUCUUAUUAUGUGAGGGUAAUGUCCAGCCAGUGAUUUCAAGUACAAAAACAGUCCGUAUUUAUAGCAAACACAAAAUAAUAAACCCGCCCCUCUACCAGCGAUAGUAUCGGGGAGGGGUAUACGGCGGGUUUCAGUCCCAAACAGAAAACAACAUGGUGUAUGAAAUUGUGUUCUUCACCCAGGGAAUUGUGGUGUGGUGUGAUGAUGUGCAGUGAGGAUAGUGCAGCUCCCAUCUCCUAAUCCUCUGCAACAAAAACACAAACAAAACACAGCUCUGUGGCAUGUUAGUCACAUCAGUAUAAGGGGCCAAACUCAAGUAGCUGUGCCCCCUUUGUAUUACCAAACGGUCACAGUUUAUCCAAUCGCUGCCUGCCCCGCAGCUGACCACAAUGGAGUUAUUUAGCAAACUCGCCUCUACGCACUUUCUCCAAAAUGGCCGAACUUCCAGUUACCGUCACCUUCGAGUUGCCCCACCUACGGGAAAGCAUGCCACCAACCUUACACAGCGCCCUUUCUGGUCGGGAGGGAGAUUUGCAGCUCAAAUUCCUUCUCUCUCUGUUACAUAUCUCACCCCUCAAAUAAUGCCGAAGGAACACUCGACUAACCCUAAAUCCCCAAUUGUCCCCACUCCCUUGAAAAAAAUUAGCAUUUUGGUGCUCCUUACCCACAUGAUUCUUUACUUGGUAGUGGAAGGGUUGCUGCGCCAGAUACCACCGAGUUAUCUGGGCGUUCGUGUUCCUCAUCAUAUGUAACCACGUUAAAGGGGCAUGGCCCAUGACAAGAGAAAUGGAAUGUACCAAUAAGUAACAGCGAAGCGCGUGUGUAGCCCAUUUAAUGGCCAAACACUCUUUCUCAAUGACAGAGUAAUUUAUUUCCCUGGGAGCCAUUUUCUUGCUCAUAUAAAUAAUAGGGUGUUCUAAUAGGGUGUCUCCAACAGCUUCUCAGGACAGGACCGCCCCCAGACUAAUAUGGGAGGCAACAGUUUGGCGAAUAAACUCUUUACUGAAAUCUGGUGAAAUGAUAGCUGGGGCCUGUCCACUAAUUAAUUUUGGAGCAGUCUUGGUUAGAUCCACCAGGGGAAUACUCUGGGACAAAGCAGUGAUAAAAGCCCGCUAACGCCAGUAGUGAUCUCACCUGAGACUUGGUUUUCAGGAUCAUGUUUGCCAAAUGCACACUUGCCCAGAUUGGCCAUCAGCCUCGCCUCCCUUAGAGACUGUAGGACAGCCGAAAGCCUAACAAUAUGCUCUCUCCAGGUCAAGCUAAAAAUCACUACAUCAUAUCAAUACACGCAGUGGCAUACUUCUGAUGGGGUGCAAGGACCUGGUCCAUCAGUCUCUGAAAGGCAGCCAGGGCUCCAUGCAGUCCAAACGGCAUUUGCCAGUAUCCCUCGUCCUUCUGAAGCUAGGCCAGAUCCUC